AUGGAGACGUUCCUGAACGCGUUCCGCGACGCCUACGGCGCGCUGGCGCGCUGCAGAGCGCGAUGGGACGACGCGCAGGGCGCGUCGGUGGCGCUGCUCGGGACGGCGGUGAACGCGUUCGAGCGACUGCCGGCGAUUCACGACGCCGCGCGCGCGCGCGCGGUGGAUGGGAGCGAAAUCCUGAUCGACGAUGCGUUCGCGUCGCGCGUGGUGGAGGCGCAGUACGCCGCGCUCGAUCGGGUGUUCGCGCGGUUGCGGGAGGAGUGCGCGCGGUUCGACGCGCUGACGCGCGAGCUCGAACGCGCGAAGACGGAUGCGUGGACGCGGACGAGAAAUCUGAAACCGCCGCCGAAACGCGCGGGAGGGGAACGGAGUGGACCGCAACCGUCGAUCGCGGAUUGCGUGUUAGGGCUGGAAGAGGCGUGGAGGAUGCACAAGGACGAGUGCGCGUUGAAGCGGGAAAUCGUAAAGCGCGCGUCGACGUGCGAAGACGCGGAGGAGUUGAAGAUGCUGUUGCGGUUGUUCUCGGCGCAGCCGAAUUUGGACCCGGAAGAGUUGAGGUUGAUCGCGGAUCGCGUGCCGGUGAAGAACGUGGAGGCGGACACGCGCGCGUGACGGCGCCGUAGAUAAUAAUAGAAAUAGAACGAGCGGCGCCUCGCGAGUCGUCGCCAUAGCUGAAAUGAAAUUUAUUGUACAACAUCUUUGUUUCGAAGCGCGACUGAGAUUUUCAGUCUGCGUCGUUUAGUCGCAACGUGACUUCUCGCGCGACGUAACGAAGCCAGGCGUCUACGUACGCUCUCGGCGUGAGCGGAAGGUUGGAAUCGCGAAGCAAGAGUUUCAUAACCUCAGCCGUCGCGCAAGGGUGCACGCACGCCCAGUCACCUCCACCGGGCUCGUGCGGAUUCGAAUAGGGCGUCAAUACGGGGUCAUGGUCAUCUGCACCCACGCAUGAGUGAUCUAUUGUAAGAGAUUGAAGUAAUCUCGAAGUGCUCCACGGCGCGCGAGUCGCCGCGUCGCGCGCUCGAACGCACAACACGGGAACGCGGAACGUCGCCGAGUACACGACGCGAUACUCUCGCACGUGACCAUUUCGGGAUACAUGGGUAGCACAGUCCUCAUCCUCCUCGUUGUCUUCGAUUUCGAGGGCGUCGUCGACGUCGCGAGGCUCCCAUCGUUCACUCCGAGCUUCGCUUGCGAGUUCUCCGUACCCACGCGCCGUCGACGCCGACACCAUCGCCUUCGUCUCCACGAUCCAACACCCGUCGACGAUCGCGUUUGAAUCACCCAACGCGUUUCGAACGCCUCGUUCGAACUCGUCUGCGGUCAUAGUCCCAUCUCGGAGCGGCAUCGAUAUCACGCGAUUCGAAACGAAACGCGGGCAACGAAUUUUACCGUUAUCGACCCUUCCCGCGUUUCGACCCUCGCGCUGCGCCCUCCGCGCUUUCCUUCCCGCUCUCCUUCGCCGGUCGUUUCCUACUGAACGGAUUCACCGCAGCUUCCACCGUCGUCGUCGUCGUCGCCGCGUCUUUCGCGUUCGCCGAGUCCUUCGCGCCGCCGCCGCCUCUUCCCGUCGACGCCUCCAACGCCGCUCGCGUCUUCUCUUCCCGUUUCUUCG